UAAUCGAAACGAAAAAAUUUCUGAAUUUCUUCCGAACUCCUUAACCUACUGACAUACAUAAUAAGUGUGAGGUGAAUCAAGUGCAUAAUUCAACAUGAGCAACACAGAAGGUGAAAUUCUGACGAUUUUUGUGGGACAAUCUGGAGUCCAAGUGGGCAAUGCGUGUUGGGAACUUUUUUGUCUCGAGCAUGGCAUAAAACCAGAUGGUUUCAUGGUUCAAGGUUAUGACACUGAUGACAACUCAUAUCAGACAUUUUUUUCCCCAUCUCAAGCAUGUAAAUUAACACCGCGUUCAAUAAUGAUCGAUUUAGAGCCAACAGUAAUUGAUGAAGUGCGUACUGGUUGUUACAAAUCACUGUUUGAUCCAACAUUAUUAAUAACUGGAAAAGAAGACGCAGCUAACAAUUUCGCACGUGGUUAUUGCAAUGUUGGCCAUGAUAUUAUUGAUGUUGUUAUAGACCGCAUUCGUCGUGUGUGUGAAGAUUGCUCUAAAUUAAUAGGAUUUAUUAUUUUUCGAUCGUUUGGUGGUGGCACAGGAAGUGGAUUUACUACAUUAUUACUAGAAAACAUAAAACAAGAUUAUGAUAAAUUAACAAAAUUAGAUUUUUCGAUUUAUCCAGCUCCACAUAUUUCAACGUCUGUAGUCGAGCCUUACAAUGCUUUAUUAACGACACAUGGAACUGUUGAUUAUGAAGAUUGUUGUUUUAUUGUUGAUAAUGAGGCACUCUAUGAUAUCUGCUCCAACAACUUGGAAGUUGAACGUCCAACAUAUACAAAUUUGAAUCGCCUACAAUCACAAGUAGUUUCAGCUGCUACUGCAUCAUUGAGGUUCGAAGGAUCACCUAACGUCAGAUUAGAUGAAUUACAAACUAAUUUAGUACCAUAUCCACGGAUUCACUUUCCUCUAAUAACAUAUUCACCGAUAAUAACUGCAAGACAAGCAUCUAAUGUAGAUAUGAACGUAUUGCAUAUAACGAAUGAGUGUUUUCAACCUUCGAAUCAGUUGGUGAAAUGUGAUCCUCGAGAUGGUGCUUACAUGAGUUGCUGUCUGUUAUACCGUGGAAAUAUAAAUCCAAAUGACGUUAAUCAAUCGAUUAAAUUAUUAAAAGAAAAAAAAGAUGUGCGAUUUGUUAAUUGGAGCCCAACUGGUUUCAAGGUUGGAAUAAAUUAUCAACCACCGACAACGGUCCCGGGUGGAGAUUUAGGCAAAACAGAUAGAUCAUUAGCAAUGUUAUGCAAUAAUACCUCCAUACGUCACGCUUGGUUGAGAUUGGCGCGAAAAUAUGAUCUAAUGUUCAAGAAACGUGCAUUUGUGCAUCAUUUUAUGGAUGAAGGACUAGAUGAGUCGGUGUUUGUCGAGGCUAGAGACAAUAUUGCAGCACUUAUUGAUGAUUACAAAGAUGUCGAGAAGUAAUUUUUUUCGCGGAAUUGUAAUAUUAGUUAAAAAAAAAAAA